AGCAUUUCUAAAGGACAUCCGAAAACGACGACUCUGUUGGACGCUGUGGGGAUGGAAACGCGGCCUGCCAGCCUGCCCCAGCACAGCACACAUCUGGGUAGAUGCGGGUGGCAGUGAGGGUGGGCAGGCUGCCUGCCUCGGGCCGUAGGUACGGCGCUCGGCAACUUUAAACGCGACUGGUGGAUGCCUCAGACGACGGUCAGUUUUCUCUCGGAGGGGAGAGCCUUACAGCCUGGCACGCCUGUGAUCCUGAUGGGCAGAUAGCAACUUUGAAGAUCAGAGGUCCUCAAGGUACGCUGCUGGAGAGGAAGGGACGCGGAUCUGUGGGCUGGGAUAGAGGGGCAGGGCCGGCUGCCUCCGCACGGCCUCGGGACGGCACCGCCCUGCCGUAGGACCGCGGUGGGCUCACAGCUCUGGUAUCACCUGCAAAGAAGAGGUUAUUGGUGAUCAUCAGUUGAUUACAGCUGCUGUAACACAAGCCAUCAUCAUGAAACACUUCCUGAGAAUGUUUAUCCAGGUAUGCCUGUACUUCUACUGCAAGUGCUUGUGGCGCUGCCUGAAGUUUGUGGUCAGGAAACUAACGGGGCGAUGUGAAUUGCAAAGGAUCUGUUACAAUACCAAGCCUGGAGCUGCCAGAACUAUGAAAAUAGAGGCAUCACUGAAAGGUUCAAAAAGUAAGCGGCUGCAAACUUCAGUAAGUGUUCACCCCGAUGCUAUUGAAAAAACUAUAGAUGACAUCAUGGAGCUGAAAAAGAUUAAUCCAGAUAUAAAUCCACAGCUGGGAGUAUCUCUUCAGGCCUGCCUGCUGCAGAUCGUUGGGUACAGAAAUCUGAUUGUAGAGGUUGAAAAGCUGCGCCGAGAGCCGUAUGAUUCAGAGAAUCUGCAACAUGAGGAAAUGCUUUUGAAGUUAUGGAAAUGCUUGAAGCCCAACUCACCGCUGAAAGCUCGGAUUUCAAAGCAGUGGUGUGAAAUUGGUUUCCAAGGUGAUGAUCCUAAAACAGACUUUAGAGGGAUGGGUCUCCUGGGCUUAUAUAACUUGGUGUAUUUUGCCGAAUGGGACACUGAGGUAGCCCAACAAGUUCUUUCUGAUUCUCUUCAUCCUAAAUACAGGGAAGUCACUAAGAAGGAAAUAAGCCAGUUCAGCAAAGUUGAAUGGGAGAAGAAAAAGUUUGAUAAGGCAAUUGGCUACUCAUUUGCUAUUGUGGGCAUUAACAUAACAGACCUUGCAUAUAACUUGCUUGUGAGCGGAGCUCUGAAGACCCAUUUCUACAACGUUGCUCCAGAGGCACCGACACUCACUCACUUUCAGCAGACCUUCUGCUACUUAAUGCAUGAAUUCCACAAAUUUUGGAUUGAAGAGGAUCCACUGGAUAUAAUGGAGUUCAACCGCGUCAGAGAGAAAUUUCACAAGCGAAUCUUGAAACAGCUCCAGAACCCCGAGAUGGCUCUGUGCCCUCACUUUGCUGCAUCAGAAAGUUUAAUCAAUAUGUAGUUACUCACGUGAUUUUAUUUGGAAACACUCUUUCACUCUUGUGUUAGAUCACUGUUUAGACCGUCACUGGCAUACUGAAUGACCAUGGCAAUCGUAUGCAUGUUUUUGGUGCAGUAUCCAUCUAUUUUUGUCACAAGUACUAGAUCCCCUUAUGCUUCUCUUGGGGGAUUUCUCAUUUUAAAUGGGUGCUCAUAUUGCGGCAUUAUGCAGUGUUACAUUCUGAAUUGAUGUCUGGGUAUCAGAGUUUUUCUAUUUUUUUAGACUUUCCUCAUAAUUCAGCAUCAAAAAAUUGAAUUGUAUUUCUCUAGCUGUGUUUUGUAUAUGUGGAAUAUGUGGCUGGAUCUUGUAUUGUGAAAGCUUUUUGACUUCUUGGUAUGUUUUAAGAUAACUACUGGCAUUUCAAGCAAAAUAUAUGUUUGGACCUCGUCUAGGAGAUAAUAUGUGUAAGUUAAUCUGAUGUAGACAAACACAUUAAAGUCCAAUUUUCUCCAUGCAGCCAUAUAUGCUUAAUGCAGAAUUAAUGAGGCUUACUAGAUACAAGUUUCAGUAAGAAGUUUAUGCAGAAUUACAAUCAGGCUCCACAGCUGCAUGAAUACCAAAUGAUCUGGUGAUGCUAAUGUAUUCCCAGUGAAGUGCAGUCACUCACAACUACUGGAUACUGGUAGGGGCCAAAAAUUGCACUGUCGGGUUGUUGGCACCAACACCACCAUGCUGAAGCACAGUUUAAAUUCCUGCACGUUCCUUUGGCUGUACAGGGCUUGGUAUUCUGUGUCACAUGUUGGAAGGCGAUGUGAUUUGAUUACAUCAUGCUUGGUGAAUUCAGAGGAGCAGAAAUCGAUAUAUUUUUUUGAACUACUCAAACUGUAGCUUUGGUUGUCAAUUCAGUUCAUAAGGACUGGGAAAAAUAAUUGACUUGAAGGUUUAGAGAAAACCCACCUGGGUUUCCCAGACUACUUAAAAAACAAGAAAUGGCAAAUCGCAUUUUUUCUAAAAUCAGAAAUGAGUGAAAGUGUCUGACACUAAGAAUGUGUAGUAUAUUGAACAGCAUCUACCAUGGCAUUUCAUACCCAUGGUAUUUUUUACCUUCUAAGCAAGCAAUUUUAGUAUUAUAUGUUUGUGUAAAUCACUUGCAUAUGGAGAUUAAACUUGGAGUAGUGUCCAACUACUUGUGAAUUAUAUGAAUAAAUCAUAUGUCAUUCUAAAUGGAAGCACUAUGGGUUUUAUUUUGGAGAUAUGGAGUAAUAGGUAGAAGGGUUAUGACAGUUCUGUGGUAUUUUCAUAGUAAGAAGAAAGUAAUGUAAAUUUACCUGGAUUGGGUUUGUUACUGCAUUUCUAGUUAUAGUGUGAAGGAUUCCAUUUGUUUUAGCAUUGCUACUUAUGGUGUCAUCACGAAAUAAAUAAGCUUUGGAUUUAA